UUCGUUCGGAAAUUAUGGAAACUGCGCUACAAUCGCCAGCUACUAUGAAGCAUCGGUCAAGUCUUGGCAGGUAAUCCGAACAGGGUGCUAACUUCCCAGACUCGUUAUAGCUGCACAUUCUUCACCGAUUGUGCGCCUAGACUGAUAUGUUAUCGUGGUUCUGAGUAAAUUAUUCUGGAGUUUGCGGAUGAUGGGUGCUGACUAUCGGUGCACAUUUGAUUUUGGCUUCAACUUUUGAACGAUAUUGGGAAAAGCUGCCAGGUCUGCGUCGGAAUGAAUCACGACUUUGCGGAUGCCCCCGCGUGUGAACGAAGCAACGAAGUUUUCCAAUGCCACGCACUCCCAAAACAAAUCAGGCAACUCUGUGUGCUUGUGAUAUCUUAUCUAAUCUUGUUGGCUCAGUAUCACGAGUGCUUCUGCAAAUUGAAUGAGGACGUCACUGAGUUUGGUGGCUCUCUUGGUCCCCGAGGGAACUUCCCCCACAAGUCACGUGCGAGCAUGCGGACCGGCUGUACAAUGUACAUUGCACUCCCCGAGCUUCACGCAACUGACCCGAUGCCGUCGUGCACUGUUAGGUCCACUAACCGUCGGCCAUUGGCGGGCGCAGAUAUGAUCCCAUUGGUGGUGCAAUGGUCUGCUUCCCAUUCGUCAGCAAGAACGCCUGAGUCUCAGUUAUUCAGGGGGUGUGAGUCCCCCCGUGUGGGGUGGUGCGGGGUAUAUAUGUAGACAGAGGAAUGAAUGCAUCAUCAUUCACUCUCCACCCAUCAUGCUCGAUUUUCAGUCUCCCUUGCUCCUCCCAGCCCUCGCGGCUUUUCCCGCGGCUAUCGCUCUCAUUCAUCUCGCGCUCUAUGUGGCGGAUCCAUGGAGUAUCCGCCGAUACCCCGGGCCCUUCUGGGCCAAAUUCACAGAUGCGUGGUUGGGUCGGGUGUCCCAGCAGGGACACCGCUCCGAAGUCAUACACGAGAUGCAUCACAAGUACGGGCCUUUUGUUCGCAUAUCACCGUCCGAAGUAUCUAUUGCGGACCCGGAAGCGCUCGCUAUCGUCUAUGCACAUGGAAACGGCGCUCUCAAGAGCGGCUUCUACGACGCUUUCGUUUCCAUUGAGCGCGGGCUCUUCAACACCCGGGAUCGCAAACAGCACGCCCGCAAGCGGAAAAUUGUCUCACACAUCUUUUCACAGAAGAGUGUCGUGGAGUUCGAGCCUCACAUUCGGCUCUACGUUGACCAGCUGCUCACGCAAUGGGAGCAACUAUGUCAGCAAGCGGGCAAAGGGGACGCGGCGUCUGGCGCCAUCGGAGAGUGCAGCUGGAUCGCGCGGGAGGGCAGAGUGUGGCUCGACUGCCUGCCAUGGUGCAAUUUCCUCGCGUUUGACAUCAUCGGUGAUCUUGCGUUCGGAGCACCAUUUGGGAUGAUUGAGGCGGCACGAGACGCUGUGCCCGUGCCCGUCGAUGGACCCGAACAAAUUGACUUUGCCGACAAGCCCGAGCACGUGAAACACAUUCCCGCCGUCGCUGUGUUGAAUGGGCGCGGAGAGUAUUCGAUGUCGAUGGGGGUCGUGCCCGCUUGGUGGCGGCCGAUCCUGCGCAAGUUCCCAUGGUACUCCAAAGGUCUCCAGGAUGUCCGUUCCCUCGCCGGUAUUGCAAUUGUGGCCGUCGCAAAGCGGCUGUCGACGCCCACAGAUCGUGUGGACUUGUUGAGCAAACUCCAGAGCGGGACGGACGACAACGGAAACCCCAUGGGCCGCGCUGAACUUACAGCAGAGGCGCUAACUCUUCUGAUCGCCGGUUCUGACACGACAUCCAACUCAACUUGUGCAAUAAUCUACUAUCUUGCCAAGAAUCCUGAAAAGCAGGCGAAACUCCAAGCCGAGUUGGAUGAGCAAUUGGGAACUGAGGACGAGCGCGUUGUGACCAGUGACCAAGCCAAAAGACUGCCAUACUUGGAUGCAUGCAUCAACGAGGCGUUGCGGCUGCAUUCUACCAGUGCUCUCGGGUUGCCGCGCGUGGUACCCGAUGAAGGGUUGAUUAUCCAUGGGAACAGCUUCGCUCCGGGAACCGUGCUCAGUGUUCCGAGCUUCACGAUUCAUCGCGACCCUGCCGUUUGGGGUGAUGACGUUGAAGCGUUCCGCCCGGAACGCUGGUUUGAGGAAGACAAGGCAGAUAUGAUGCAGAAGGUAUUCAACCCUUUCUCGGUUGGUCCGAGAGCUUGCGUCGGUCGCAAUCUGGCAUCUUUGGAGCUUCAGAUGAUCUGUGGCUCCAUCUUGCGCAGGUUCGACUUUGUACUCCAGGAUUCCUCCGCCAAGGUGUGCCAUUCAUUACCUCCUCACUGAUGAGUGCCAACCUUGCUAUCUUGCAGCUCGAGACAAGCGAAGGAUUCUUGCGCAAGCCACUGUACUGCAAUGUCGGAAUCAAGAGACGCGAUAUUCUGUGAAAAGGAGGGUGACAGGCUUUGUACAUCCAUCUCCAGCUGUAAUUCAUACUCCCUCUACGCACAGUAUCGAGUUCCCGGUGAUAGCAUCCUGCCCCUCACUCACCAAGGUUCCCGCGAUAACAGUCCAUCGUUGUUGUGCCUUGUCCGUGCUCAAGAGCGCAGGUUAACCAAGGAGGAUGUCUACUGUGCAAACGGUCUCUAGUAGCUCCGAGGGUCGAGAGUAGACGUUGCCAAGGACUGUUGUUGCUCCAUUAUAUUGGUUUCAGAACUAA